AUGUUACCAUAAUUUUCUACUUUAGCUAGUUUUAGCUUUCCUUAAGAUGAGUUUGAAUCAAACAAAAUUUUGGAAUAAUUUGAAAAAGAUUAAGUAAAUAGCCAGCGGUCAUUAGGAUUCACUCAAAGAUAUAAAUAAAUUGUUAAUUCAGAAUAAAAUUUAAUUAUAGAAUAAUUAAACAAUAAUAAAAUAAUUAGCAAACUAAAUCUAGAUUCUAGGUCUAAAUUAAAUUCAAGUUCUAUUGAAAAUAUUGAGUUAUUUUCAAAUCCGAAUUUUCAAGAAAUUGACUUGUAAAAAAUAGAAUGUAAUAAAAAAGACUCUAUUUAAAAAUUUGGUUCAUAAAUUUUAAGUUCUUAGAGAUUGCUAGAUAAUCAAAUCAGUAUUUAUUCUCCUAUUUUCAGACCUACUGAUAGUGUUACACCACAUUCUCCUAAAAAAAAUCCAUAUUUAUUAACACUGAAUGUGAUACAUGAAUUAGACUAAUCACAAGCUGAAAAUGGUAAUAACAACAAUGUUUAUUAGAUUACUAAUGGACUCAGUAAAAAAGACGAAUCAUUUCAAUCAGAUUAAGAGGAUUCAUAUAAUUAAAUUGAGGAAAAAAAUCAGUAAUAAAAAAAUGAAAGUAUCAAAAUACUAAAUAAUCCAAAUUUUGAUAAUUUACAAAAUAAUAUCAAGCAGCAUGCGAAGAAAAUGGAAUUUAAAUAAGAAUAAUUGCAUUAAAUUUAAAAUUUAAGAAGAUUUAGCACUAACGAAAUCCAAAGUAUAAAUGAUGAAGCUAUUAUUAAUGAGAAUUUUAUCUUCUAUUUUAAUCCAAAUACAGACUUACAACUAAGCAUUGAAAGUACCACUUUGGAUGUCUUAAGUUAAAUAGAAAAUUCUAUUAAAAAUCUUAUGAUUAUAGCUAUUUUAUUAACAUUUGUUAUUAUUUCUGCUAUUUUGCCUGUCUAUUUUAACAUAUAAAAUACCAACCAAGAAAUUCUCAAACUUUUUUCAACAUUUGAACCUAGAAUCUUAACAUAAAUGGUUUUUAAUUUAGAAAAAUCUAUUUAAUCAACUUUUUAGAUGCAAAAAUAAAUGAAAAAUUCUGAUAAAAUAGACAUGUAAAAGCUAUAAAAAUAGCAAAAGACACAAAUAAUACUUGACUAACUGAUGAUUAAGAUGCAAACAAAUCCCAAAAACAAAGUGAUUUCUUCAAUGAAUAACAUUAAAAAAAUAUCUCCUUGGUUAUUAUUUACCUGUGUAUUUGUAUACAUAAGCUUAAUAAUUUAGCCUAUAGUUAAUAACUUCAUUAUUUCUUCUUUGAUUGAGUAGUAGGUUUUCAACUUGAAAGUUAUGAAAACAAUAUACGAUUUGAAGGCUCAUUUUGGAAGUAACUUAUAUCUAAAUAUGGGUAAUAUUCUUGAAAGAAUGUGCCAAAAUUGCGCUUUUUUUGAAAGAGAUUAUUUUAAAGUUCGAGUCCCAGUAUUUUUCGAUCUUAACCAAUAAAAAUUGUAGGGUCUAUAUGAGGUUGUCACUAAUUAGAGUGGUUACAAAAAGUACAAUUCAGAUCUAUACGAUUAGUUUCUUUUUAAAAUAAUGAAAGGAAAUUUAUGUGAAGCAUUAAGAGAUUACCCUUAAUAUCUAGAUAUGAAUUUUACUUUUGAUUUUAACUAAUGUAACUAAUUGUAAUAAGAUAUUCUAACAAAAGGUUUCAUGAUAUCUUCAAAGUACCUACUUGAAAUAUUUCCACCCUUAUUUUAGUUGACUUAAAAUAAUGAUUUGCAUUUAGUUCAAUAAGAAAUAAAAUAAUGGGUAUAGCAAGUUGAUUUAAUAUAAUUUGAUGAAUUUAUCACAUAUAUGAUAAAUACAGUCACUGCUUUAACAAAUUUUAUGAUUGAUAUGACGUCUGAAAAAUUCUCUAAUAGUAACAAGGCAUGCAUUGAGUCUGAUUGA